AUGUCAGCAUCGACAAAAAGACUGAUCAGACUAGUUGAAGGACAUGCAGGAGACGCCAAUUCUUACAUGGAAGCUCAAAACUUGAUUGCUCAAGGAGCAGAUAUUUUGGCACGUACCAAAAAUGGUUAUAUGAUUGAUUCGGUUAUCGCAGAAGAAAACCGCAAUCAUCUAGUGAAGUCGAUAAAAGCUCAAAACUGCCAACAUUUAGCUAAAGUUUUAAAAUCUCGUGCAUCUGAUCUGCUCAGAGAAUCUGUGUUGACCCCAAACGGCGGGGAUCUUCGUGUGAUAGAAUUACUAAUUAGAUUAGGUGGAAACUGCUAUCAAGAACAGUACGAACCACUUGGCUUAUUGGGCGAAAUGCUGAAACAAGAUAGAGUUCCUAUUCGAUAUGAUGUGGUCAAAUUUCUUCUCAAUAAUGAUCAGUAUAUCAGACUUUGUUUGACAAAAGCAGAUACUCAACAACGAACAUGUUUAUCUUUAGCCAAAAAUAAUCCGAAUUGUUCAGAUGCUGUAGUUGAUUGUUUACAACAGCACUUCAACAUUUUAUUGAAUCAAGUCCCAUUCUCAACAUCUGUAAUCGAUGUUAAUGAAGUCAUAGAAUGGAUUCGUCGAGGUGCUGACAUAAAAGCUACUGACGAACGCGGAAAUACUGUUCUUUCGAAUGCUGUUCUUGCCAAUAAUUUAGAACUUGUACGGGCACUUAUUGAAUCUGGUUGCGAUACUGCAUGGAAAAACCAUGAUCAACUUACAUCCCUUCAAAUUGCUCAAAAUGCUACACCAACAAAUCCUCGAUUAGUGACGAUGCUAGCCGAACAAAGUCUCAAUACUGCAUUGAAACGAUUAAUUGAAAAGAAAAAAUCGAAUUUAAGACUUGAAGAAAUUCACACAUUGCUAGAAAAGGGAGCUAAUAUCAAUUCCCUUUUUCCUAAUAAAAAUACUCUUCUUCAUCUAUUAAUAAUUAAUCAAGGUACAUCUGAAGUGUUAACUGCUUUUGUUAACAAAUUUCAUGCCGAUAUUACUAUGACGAAUAUUAAUGGAUAUCGACCUAUUGAAAUGUGUAUUUUACAUGAUAAAAAUCCAUUUGCUCUUAUUUCCACCAUUUUAAAAUUGCCUAAAAUGCAAACAGAUACAUUUUUUAACUCGACAUUGAAUAAGUCUAUUCUGAAAUUUUCGAUCGAACAAAAUCGUCCCGAAGCUGCAAACAUGAUUCAACACGAAUUGAAUGUUCGAUUGUGGAACUGUAUUUCACGUACAAAUACUGACGACAAUCAUAAUGAAAGCAUUCUAACUGAAGCAGCAAAACUCAUUCAAUAUGGUGCCCUUAUUGAUCAUAAACAUUCGACAGACGACUAUAAAGAAUGGACCGUAUUACAUUUGGCAUGUAAAAUAGCAACGAGAAGAUUUGUCGAAAAUCUAAUUCAGCCUUUGAAGGCUAAUUAUACAAUACCGAAUAUGAAUGGAGAUUACCCAAUCUCAACUGCAGCCGAAUAUGGUCAACUAUCAAUAGUUGAGUAUUUAAGAGGCUUGAUAAACAUAAAAUUGAAUGUUUCCAAUAGAAACAAAGAAACACCUCUACAUUUGGCAACGAAAAAUCAUCAUCUACUAGUUGUUCGCUAUUUAGUUUUGUGGGGUGCCGAUUAUCAAGCUCAAAAUUCAUCAAGAGAAACACCACUCGAUAUUGCUCGAACAAAUGUAGCCAAAACCAAAGAAGAGGAAACAAAUGAUAGGAAACUUGUUUCGUUUUUUCAACGUUUGAUUUGUCCAAUAGAUGAUCAGAGAAGUCAAGAUCGACUUUGCUCAACUAAACCAACUCAUGAUCUUGAUACAUGUGAACUAGUAACCCAAGUUUUCGUCGAUCAAAUACAGAUAACCGAUGCCAGUGAUUAUGAUCAUCUAGGUGACACACGCAAAAGUAUUUUUAAUAGAACACCCAAUGAACAUUUACAUUAUGCUGCUAAAAAGGGAGAUAUUGAAUUGAUGAAAAAAGUUAUUGGUAAUGGUGCUGAUAUUCGAUGUCGAAAACACAACCGUACUGCCUAUGAGGUAGCAAAAAUGUCAGCAAAUGAAUCUCAUCAAAAGUUAGCAUCAUCUUCAAUAAAAUUUGAUGAUCGUCAACGCCUUCAAACCGUGAUGAAUGGCUGUCAACAAAUAAUGGAUGAAUUAUCUCGAGUUGCAACUGUAAAAUUAAUUGAAUCAAUACAACAAUCUCAUUCGGGUCGAUUUUUAGCCUAUCAUCUUGCCGGGGCUUCUGUUACGCCUGAUUUGGUGAAUUUAGCUUGCAGCAGUUCGAAUAAUAUUGAAAUAGUCCAUUAUCUUAUUAAUCAAGGUGCUGAUUUUUUUAGAAUGACGUUCGAGUACACAACUUCCGAUUCGCCAUAUUAUGUUGCCAAAAAGAAAAAUUUUCAUAAAGUUGCCAACUAUUUAAAAUAUCUAUUAUCAAAGGAAUGUACAGAAGCCAUAAAAAACAACAAACUUGCCUAUGUUAAACAGCUUGUUCGUGCAGGAGCUAGUGUCGAUAUGAUUGACACAAAUAAUCUAAGUGAAGCACUCAAACAUCAGAAUCUUGCACUUAUCGAAUUUCUAUGUGAAAAUGGAAUCAAAAUGUCCGAAGAAUGGCUUGCAUCAAGAACUAUUGUUCUUCCGAUAACAGUUUCAGAAAAAAUGGAUCCUAAAAUUGUAUUUUGUAUUAACCGUUGUUUGAUCAAUCGUCGACUUCGUUGGGCUGGUGCUUCUGGAGAACUGCAGACAGUCAUUCAAUGUCAGCGCUUGGCCGCGGACAUCAAUUCGAAAAAUUGUCAUGGUUCAACUGCACUCUUAUGUACGAUUCAACAUGGAAAUUACUUUCGAAUUGUAUAUACACUUGUCUCUUGUGGAGCCACAAUUUUACACUCAAAUCCUAAUGAGUCAAUCUCUCUGAUAGAACUUGCUAAAAACCGUAACUAUGAGCAUAUUGUUAAUUAUUUACGUGAGGAAGUCAAUAAUCAAUUUAUGACUGCAAUUCUCGAUAAUAAUACACAAAGUGCCACUGCAUUCGCAUCUCUUCGCGCCGAUUUUAAUUAUCAAGAUGAACAAAAACGUACGCCGUUGCAUUAUGCGAUACAAUAUCAUGGUAUCGACCUUGUUCAAUGGUUAUGCGAUCGUGGUAGCACUCCUACCACGGCUGAUAUUAAUGGCGAUUUUCCGAUUACAUUAGCAGUCGAAAAAGAGCCACAUUAUAAAGAAUUGGGGAAAAGUAUUCCAUCAAAAGCAGGAACCAUGAGUGGUCUGAACUUAGAAAAACGGUACGAACAAAUCUUGCUCGGAUUGCUGCGGGGACUCGGUGAAAUCAUUGCCGAAAGUGCCGUUCCACUCGAUCCUGACGAUCCAAAUACAUACAAAGAUUUGUUUUCCGAUUUAACUUCUAAUAUAAGAAAACGUUCCAGUGAACUUCAACAUGUGCAGAGUGAAAAAGAUAUCCAUACUUUGAUUCAACAAGAUAUGGCGAGUAUUGAGCAGAAAUUAGAAAAAAUAACCAAUAAUUUGAACAAGUUAACUGAUGACAAAAUAGCUCUAAUGAAACAGAUUGAAGAAGCUAAUGAACAGCUUAAACAACGUAGUCUUCCUGCUCGUCAACUGAAAGAUAUUUUUAAAAAUCGAGAGACUUUAGAGAAACAAUUGGCUAAUUAUGAAUGUUCAAUGUUCUUGUAUCAACGUGAACAAGAAGCCAUGUUCAAUCAACGAAAUAUACUUAAGUUCAUCAAAAAGGAUGACACUCUAUACUUAUUCUAUCGAACAGUUGAUAACCAUUUGCAAACACUAUUUACCGGGGUUUUAGCAGCCCAAAGCGGACUAUUAGUAUCAGAAAAGACGACAGGAUAUGGUAAGGCACGUGUCGUGGUCAAUGCUGUUCCAGACGCACUCAUACCACUUUCGCAAAUUAUUAUAAAACCAACCAAAGCUAUACUCUCCGGUAUUUUGUCGAAACUUGAUGAAAAAAAACAAAAACUGGAAAGAUACAAUAUUUUGACAUAUGGCAGUGUUGAAGAAUUGAGACGUGCUGCUUCUGAGGCAGCCGGCUUGGUUACACUAUAUUACAAAGAACAAAUUCAAUCUAUUGACACAUUUCGAAAAAUAGAAGGUAGUAAUGUCUUCAAUGAUAAAAUCCAGUGGAUAAAAGAUGUUUUUAUUGCCGUACGUCCGGAAAAACCUGAAGAAAUACCAGUGAUCAUUGUUGCAGAGUAUGUAGUCGCAUGGAUGAUCGAUGGUUUGAAAUCGGGUAAACCCAAUCGCACGGAGCCAUUAGCUCAACAACUCUGGCUUCUGGUGGCCAAGAAGAAUCCCGUUGAUCAAGGAAAAGGAAAAGCAAUCAGUGAUGUUGUUGGGGCUUCGGUCGGUCGUCUGAUGAUACCAGUAAAAAGAACAGCGGACAAGAAUGAAGACAUAGCUGUCCAGCUACGACACUUUAUUGGAUGUGUCUCGGUUCUUGGCAAUGAUGGUGACGUUUAUCAAUAUAAAGUAGAGAAAAAAAAUGAAUCAAUUCCUUAUAUGAAGGAUUUGAAGAUAUUUGGCUAUGUUUAUGUUGCACCGUUUUCGAACGACAACAAUGUACUUCAAUCGAUUAUCGAAUCUCGACAAGUGGUUCCGGCACUAAAGAAUGAAUAUGGAGACAUUCUAACAAACUUCGAUGAUAUUUUACAAGUCCUUGCAACACAUCAGGAUAGUAAUAGUAUCACUCAAUCAGCAGUUACAAGAGAAAAAGCUCUUCAAAUAGCAGAAGUGUUGCGUGAAGAAAAAUUAUUUGUCGAUCCAAUGAUUGUGAAAAGUGAAUUGGAAGAUGCGCGAUAUGAUAUGGAAUGUAGUAUCGAUAUUUUGCGAGAGGACAUUCAACAGACAACGGAUCGUUAUCAAACGUCGAUCGAUGCUAUCCAUGAACAGGUGAUAUAUGAAUCAGAACAAUCUCGGGAAAUGUUGAAAAAGGAUAAUGAAAAUAGGUAUAAAGAAAAGUCAAAAAAAUUAAAUGAACAAUUAAAUGGUGUCCAAACACAUUUAAAAACGUACAUCGAACAACGCAUGGAAGAAAUUGAAAAACAAAUGCAAGACAAAUACGAGAAGAUGAUGUUAAUUGUUCAAGCUGCAAAAGCUGAAUCGAGUCAAGCUCUUGAGCAAGCAAACCAAGCCGUUCAGUAUGGCGAAAUGUCGGUGAAACGAGCGACACAAGCAAUAGAACAUGCUAAAAAACAAAUCGAAUUAACGGAACAACAACAACAAAAACUUCAAGAAACCGCAGAAAAAUGUGAAAAUGACGUACAACGAGUGAUUCUCCAUCAGACACAAUACUGUGAAAAAAAUAUUUUAGAAGUAAGCGCCAAAGUUCACAAUGACAUGGAAUAUGCAAAACAAUGGGUCGAACAGUCUGCUAAAAAAGCUAAUGACGCGGCACAAGCUGCUCGAGAGAGUGCAUCGUCAGCAAAGGAUUCUCUAAAGGUAGCAAAAGAACAAAUUGAUAUUCAGCAGCAAAAAAGUGAAAGAAUUCUGGCAGAAGCCAAAGAAAUAAGAAAGCAAGGUGAUCAAGGGGUCAGAAUGGUACAGGAUGCUAAGAAACAUGCAAGAUGA